CAACAACUUUCGCUGUGCGCCCCCCCCCUCCCCGCCUACUAACGUGCUAGGUAUAUAUAUAUCACUGUCCCCACCACUGAUCUACGCCGUAUCUAGGACUUAAUAUCUUUGAUUGAACUCAAAAAGGCAACACUCCGGUCACUAGCAGGCUGUUCAGUUGUGUUUUACGUAUGCUGCGCUUGCUCACUUUUUCAACAUGGCGGCGUAGGUGGUAUCGUUGCUGAUUGGCCGUAUUUUUUUUUACUUGCGCGUGGCUAGACCUUGUGGGUUGGAUCAUGGCUGCAAGCAUCAAGCAAAGAAGGAAAAGGUUUCAGCGAUACAACGAAUGAGUAUUUGAAGCAUUGUUUAAGGAUUUGCCGUUUUGCAAAUAAAAGUGGAUGAUCUUCGAAAUUAACUAUUUUCUUCUAUACGAUUGGAAUUCAAUUUUUGAAAUCCCGAACACAUUAACUGACAACCGCAGCAGAGCAUCACAGGAGAGAACAUGCGAAGAUGUUUGAGCUGAUGCAGGGAGUAAUCAACGAGCUGCGGGAGGAAGCUGGGGAAACCCAGCAACAACAAACCCUAGAAGGAUUACCCCCACGGGAACUCCGUAAACUGGCCGGCAGGGGUAAUCUCAACCUGAUCGGAAGGAUGGAACCGAUUGCCCUUCCGGCUUCACCACCAGCCUCAGGGGGCAGUGGGACUCUCUCAGGAAGUAGAAGAGCCGAAGGUCACUUUCCAACGGCAGCAACCGGCCCGGGAAAGCGACGACGCACGUUGGGAGCCGGCCGGAAUGGCCCGAGACCAGUCGCACAAGUCCAUCGACCAAGCCGGACCCUGUUGACGCUCGUCGACCUACAGCAGGGACAGCCCGGCUGGACCACCAACUAAGGAGGGGGCGCAAGGGAUUGCAGGGCAGGCCCGAGCAAGAGUGGGGGCCAAAGCAACCAGAGACAUCGGAACAUCUCCGACUAGGCUGUUUAUCCUGGAGGCUCAGUGGCGGCCCUCUAUUACCAUAGGUCGAGGAUCGAUGAUUCGGGGAGCACCCAUGGGGAUGAUCUGCACCAAGUACGGUGGACAGGAUCAUCGCUGGUAGGUGUGCCCUACCUCGGUGUACUUCGGAUAGAGGGUUCAGGGAGUUUAUUUAUUUUUUUAAUUUCAUUAUUUUUAAUUUUCGAGAGCGGUUGACUCUAGUAGGCUGGUUCCGAAGUUUCCGGGGCCAUCUGGUCGGACCAGAGCAACCACAUUAUAUUCAGAAUUCAUUUCUCUUUUUAUGGCAUUAUCCUAUUCGUCACCUGUAAUUCGACUUGGUCUGUAGAGUUUCAAACAGUGCAGUC